GAAGCAAACCUUGUUCACUCUGCUCGCAGCCCUUCCCCGCUCGCCUGAAUGCCGCGUGUCUAGUGAUCGAGAGAUCGAGAGAGAGAGAGAGCAUCGAGCUCCUUCCGUUUCUACCCUCCUUCGACGGCGACCUCGACCUUCUUCUUCGUCCGUCCUCGUCCCACGGGCGAUCCCACCUCACCCCUCGACGCUUAGGGUUAAGUGUCCCCCCCCCCCCCCCCCCCCCUUUCAUUUAUACUACUGUAAGCCUCCCUCUAUUGCCAAUGUCCUCCUCGACAUGCCUUGGUGGAAGAGCAGAAGCACCAACCAUCUUCUCUCCUCGUCCUCUGCUUCCCCAAGCAGCGGCGUCCGCUUCUUCCCCUGGAGCCGCCGGGAGCCCCAGCCCCGCCUCACCCGCCAGCGCAAGCUGCGCCACCUCACCGACCUCCAGAUCGAGGCGUUGUCCCUCGAAGACCCCGUCGCCACCACCUCAAGUUCCACCCCGGUGUCCCGGUCCCACAGCAACCUCGACGCCACGCCCUCGCGGUCUGCGUCAUCGCCCAUGCUGCUACCGCGCCCACUCCCCCUGCCGGAGGCCGCCGCGGCCUCGCCGCAUCGAGAGUCGGUCUCGGGCCGAGGGCUCGGUUUCUCGCCGCCGAACUCCGUGGGCUUCCCUUUGCCCUCGCCAUCGGGGGCUUCGAACAAGGUGGAGGAUGAUCAAGGGAAUGGAGUAGCUGCUGCGCCCACAUCUCCAGUAUCUGCGCUAGGGAGUAGGUUAGCUUCCCAGACAAAUUGCAAAAGUCCAGGGCAAGUUAACAUAUCAUUGGAUAAAUCAACUAUUAGUCACAGGAGAAAGGUGCUCCAAGACUCAAAUUCUUCUGAAACUAUAAACUUCAGGUUGAAAAUUCCUGCCAGAAGUAUUCCAAUCAGCAAGUUAUCAAGUCCUGUACGUAGCCCUUCAGGGCUUCAGUUCUGGCCAGCACCAAAAAGCCCUUCCCCGAGUAUGAUGACAAUCUUCUCUUCACAGACUUUACCUGGAAAAAUGAUUCCCAGUCCUGAACAUUCUCCACUUUGUAGUCCAACAACUAGAAGCCCUAUCUUAAGAUCUAGAAAUCCUAGUGCACCUUCAUCCCCCUUGCAUGCAAAGAUGUUCCCAGAGAACUCGGCUGCAUGGCAUGGCAAUGGUGGUAACAUAAACGUCCAUCCACUUCCUCUCCCACCUGGAGCCACACCUUGUUCACAGUCAGCUUUUGCUCCCCAAAGUGCAGCAAAAGCUGAGGCAUCACUGAAGGCAAAUCAGUGGAAGAAAGGAAAACUUAUCGGAAGUGGAACAUUUGGAAAUGUUUAUGAAGCCACGAACAGACAUAAUGGUGCUUUAUGUGCAAUGAAAGAAGUUAAUAUAAUUCCUGAUGAUGCCAAAUCAGCAGAAUGUUUGAAGCAGUUGGAACAGGAAAUAAGGUUCCUUAGUCAAUUUAAGCAUCCAAAUAUUGUCCAAUACUAUGGGAGUGAAACAAUUGCGAAUCGGCUUUACAUAUAUCUAGAAUAUGUUCAUCCUGGUUCGAUUAAUAAAUAUGUUCGUCAGUACUGCGGAGCUAUUUCAGAAUCGGUGGUGCGCAAUUUUACUCGUCAUAUUCUUAAUGGGCUGAUUUACUUGCAUAGCAAACAAAUCAUGCACAGGGAUAUCAAAGGAGCAAAUUUGCUUGUUGACGUGAAUGGUGUUGUUAAACUGGCUGAUUUUGGAAUGGCAAAGCAUUUAAGUGGAGCAGCACCUGCUAAUUCAUUAAAGGGUUCACCAUUUUGGAUGGCCCCAGAGAUGUUGCAGGCUACAAUGAACAAAGAAACUGGUUAUGAUCUUUCUGUUGACAUUUGGAGUUUGGGUUGUACCAUCAUCGAGAUGUUCACAGCGAAGCACCCAUGGAGUGGCCUAGAAGGGACUCAAGCUAUGUUUAAGGUAUUGAAUAAAGAUCCACCAAUACCUGAAACAUUGUCCAUUGAGGGCAAGGACUUCCUCCAGCGUUGCUUUUGUAGGAACCCUGCAGAGAGGCCAACUGCUGGCAUGUUGCUUGAGCAUCCAUUCGUACGAAACUGCCACUACCAUAAUUUUCAUGGUUCUCUUCAGACUUUUGCGGGGAUCAAAUUUGAUAGUGCUUUUAGCCCAAGAGAUAAAGGUAAAUUUGAAAGUGAGCCAAGCGUGAAAAGGAAGUAUACGUCGGACCAUGGGAACAAGCAAUCUCAUCCUGAAGUUUCUGAGUCAGCAGCCUCCUCCCAUUAUUCAUCACGUUUCACCGUCGAAGUUUCUCCUAGUCUAUCCCCUCACUCAAGUCAACUUUGCUCCUCGGUGAACACUGAGGAUGUUGUGCAAUUCAGUGGAGGGGACUAUUUUUCACUCAGUGCAUUUCCCAGACCUUAUGACAAAAAAGAGGUAAAUUUCUUCUGAUACAGAGUGGCUGUUCACUCACGAGGCUAAUCUAGUUUGAAGGAUCCGUGGAUUUAGAAGACUAACAGACAAGUAACUACAAUUAUUUGGGCAUUUGUGGAGCUCAGAUGUAUAGUUGACGUAAUCGACCUCGUGCAAUCACAAUAGCCUUAUUUUCUGUGUGUUCUCCAACUCCAUCGAUGACAUUUAUGCCGUUUUAACACUGAAUGUCAACAUCAAAUUCAGUUGUAGAUGUAGAUCUGACAUUAUUUGUUGUACAUCAUGAUGUAUACUUAAUACAUUUUGUUGACAUGUUGUGGUUAUGAAGUCAUAAAAUUAUGUC